AAGCCACUGAGUGUCUCUGGGCAGAACAACAUCUAAUUUGUUUACAAGGGUGCUAAACGGAUAAAAGACAGAUCAUGGAGCAUGAGGAUGAACUGAAUAAUUUGCGGCUUCAGUUCCAAGAGCUGCAAAAACAGCAGGAGAGACGAAAACUGGAAAGGAAAAAGGAGAAAGAACAUGUUGAGCUUAAUGCCAGUGCUAACCAGGAUGAUUUGGAUUUAUCGAAGCAAGGAAUCCAGGUAGACAAUGUUGAAAACAGACUGCUGCAGAAUGAGAAUGAACAUUUGCUUGACGAGCUGCGAGGACUAAAGGAUGAAAAUGGUCGGCUCUUCAAGCUCGUCAGUGAAAAGGAUUUUGAAAUCAAACACUUGAAGAAGAAAAGAGAAGAAGAACGACUGGCUUUCACAGGCACAUCAGGCUUGGCAGGCGAUAAAGCAGCCACCAAGAUUGUCGAGCUUUCCAAAAAGAAUAGAGAGCUGAGUGCUGAAAUAGAGCGCGAAAAGAUUAAAUCCAAGCAAAACAGCAACAGAAUCAAAGAUCUUGAGAAAGAGCUGCAAGAUGCUUUGGUUAACUCAACGCCUGUGAAAAAGAGUGACGAGAAGUCACAGAAGAAGAACUCCUCUGAAGACUGUGAGCAGGAAAAUCCAGUGGUGAAAAGUCUACAAGAAAAACUAGCUGCUGCCCAGCUGAAAGUGAUCGAGUAUCGCAACCAGAUUCAAUCUGUCAAGCAGGAGUUGAAAGUCGCUCACAAGGUUUUGAUCAAUGAAGUCGGAGAGGAGGUCAAUUUUCUGCAAUUGCUUAACUGCCCAGGAAGCUUCAGAGGUCGCUCCCAGCAGAUCCUGGCUCUCCAGACGAGAGUGAGGGACCUCGAGCAACAGCUGAACCAGUCGACCCAGCGAAGGCAGCCAAGUGUCCUCAGUGUAGAGGAAGAGUUUCUGGGCAUGGGGGUCCUGCAGAAAACCCCUCCUCAAGACAGGAACCUCAGCUACAUCCGCUCCAUGGAGAAGGAGAAGAGAGAAGCUUUUGAGAGGAUCUCAUCUGACUAUGAGGCCCUCCUGAAAGACCACGAGGAUGUGAAGAAAAAGCUGGAAGCUUCUAAAGCCAGGAACAAAUCUCUGUCUGCUGAAAUGAAAUCUCUGAAGGUCCAGAUAUCCACCCUCCUGGACAAGGGACAACAUGAUGACGAGCUCGUGGCUGCUCUGCUGAAGCAGCAGUCCCAGAUGCAGGACGUGUUGAAACAACUCAGCCAACAGCAGAGUGUAGAGAGCAAAAACACCCAGCCGAUCCUAAAACCCCAACAGCGCAGUGAGUCUUCAGAGCACAGCACUGUUGUCAAGAAACUUAAGGAGAUGGUUGAUCUGAAAGAUGCCAGGAUCAAAGAACUAGAGGAGGAAAUGCAGCAGCUUCCCUUCAAGGAAGAGGGCAGUGAAAGACAAUCCAUCCUCAGGACACCAGUCUGCAGCUCAGGAUUUCCCCCUGAAGAGGGUGACAUUAACAAGAGAAUGACAUCGUCAGGGUCUGUCUCUAAAUUUGGUCAUAAACUAGUGCUGCCUGCUGUGGGAAGCAGGGUAGAAAUUAAGACUUCAAGCUCUUUAAAAUGUCCACAAUGUUCAGCUGAUGUGAACGCGCUGAUGACGCAUUGUGAAGAAUAUAAUACACUUUAUACAGAGAAUGACUGACUGGUUAAGACCAUACACGCAAAGUCGGAGAUACAGGACUCUGACUUGGAAGAGGGCACGUUCUAAAAAGAGCUUUUGUUCCCUCGGCUAUUAAAGCUCUUAAUAAACUUG